AUGGCUAACUCCAAAAACUCAACCAUCACAUCUUACUUCGCCCCCAAAGACGCGCCCUCAAGAAGUCCCAAGACCAACAAGCCCAUCAACGAGGACAGUACCGGCAACGACUCCAAAGCUGACCAAGACGACUCCAAAAACGCACUCCCAACCCCCCUCUCCCACCUUACCCUACCCCCACCCCAUCUCCCCCCAACACCCACCUCCCCAACACUAAGCUUAACCUACCACACCGGCCCUAUCUUCACAGCACCCCCCGACACCCUGCUCCUGCACGCCUGUAACACACACGGCGUCUGGGGCUCCGGCAUCGCCCUCGCCUUCAAGCAGCGCUACCCGCUCGCCUACAAAAUCUACAAUACGUUCUGCAUCAGCACGCACCACCCCACAUCCAACCCGGUGCCCACUGGUACCGCACUGCUGAUACCGCCAGUUGAUAGAGACCAUGGACAUUGGGUUGGGUGUUUGUUUACGAGUCAAGGGUAUGGGAAGAAGAGGGAUGGGGCGGAUGUUAUCACCGGGAAUACGGCGCCGAGUGUUGAGAUGGCGUUGGAGUUGGUUAGGAGGGUGAAUGAGCGGGUGGAGAAGGAGGGAGGGGAGGGGAUCAAGGAGGUGAGGAUGUGUAGGGUUAAUAGUGGGAAGUUUGGGGUUGAGUGGGGGAGGAGUGCGAGGGUGAUUGAGGGGAUUAAGGUUAGGGAGGGAUGGGUGGGGAGCGUGCAGGUCUGGGACCCGGAGACUAAGUAA